UAUUAAGGUACUGCAGAAAACUUCCGUAAAUGGUUUCUGUUAGUUCACACUAACUGCUUCGCAUUUGUCAGUUUGGUAAAAACCUGCUUGAAAGCUUAUUACUUUAGCCAUGGGACUCUUGUUUGGAUUUGGAAAUAUACUCUAUAUUAUUCUGCUGUUGUUGAACGCAGUUGCGAUUCUUUCUGAAGACCGCUUUUUAGGAAGACUUGGAUGGUCUCAGAACACCUCCUAUGGUUUCGGAGAGUCCCAAGAUACCAUCAAAAGUAGAAUUCUUCACCUAAUCCGAGCCGUUCGAACGGUUAUGACAUUUCCAUUAAUUGCUAUUAAUACUGUCGUUAUUAUUUAUAACCUGAUUUUAGGCUAGAGCCGACAGGUUGUGAAUUGCAUAUGUCAAUGACAAUCAUAUUAAAAGUAUUUAAUACGCCAUUCAUAUUAUAACUAAGAACCUGGUCUUCUCUGGUUGGAUCUUUUAGAUAUUUCUCUCACCUUAUGAGUAUAAACUACUUCUUCGACGGGUUCAACACUAAGAAAGAUUCUAUUUGGCCAUUGAUUUAUCUCAGUAUUGUCCAAAUAGAGCUUGUACACGACAUUCCUACUAUAAUAGCGAGAACCGUUAAUACGACGCCUUUUCACGAUUACCUCAGAAAUACUAAGACAAACCCAGCAUUAUACACUGUACCUUAUAAUGAAUUCCAAAAUAAUUGACAGACUAUGCUGAUAACUUACUGUUGUUCAUACAAACCAAGCUUAAUUCUUCUAAAAAGAAUACCUUCACAAAACCUAACGCACAUUUGUUUACUAAAUGUUUCGCUAAGUCGCACUAUUUUUAGUCAAAGAAUGUUAGUCCACUGCAAUACCAAAACUCAUGUUAUUCGAGCUCCACACUCGAGUGCAUUAUUUACUUAUAUAUAAGUGAAUUUGUUACAAUUUGGAAGUUGCUAAGCGCCAA